AUGCAGAUCCCAACGUUUGUCGCCAUAUGCUUGCUCACAUCGGGCUUGGUGCACGCAGGCGUCGAGGAAUUCAAGUCCUCGGCAACCGAGGAGGUGAUCAGCAAAAACUUAGAAGUCGACCUGUUGAAAAAUGUGGACACUAGCGCGAAACGAAGAGAGAACGGCGCCCCGGUGCUCGGCAAGAACACACUUCAAUCCCUGGAGAAGAUCAAGACGUCGGCGAGCGUGAAUGCCAAAGCAGCAGCCGUGGUGAAAGCGUCCGCUCUGGCUCUUGCAGAGGCCUAUUUGCGAGCGUCCGCAUUGUCAGCCGCCGCUUCAGCCAAGGCAGCCGCCGCCCUGAAAAAUGCUCAACAAGCGCAAUUAAACGCCCAGGAAAAGUCUUUGGCCGCGUUGAAAGCUCAGUCCGAGGAAGAGGCAGCUUCUGCUCGUGCAAACGCAGCAACCGCCGCGACACAGUCGGCACUGGAACGCGCUCAAGCCUCCUCCAGGUUAGCAACGGUCGCCCAAAACGUAGCCAGCGACUUGCAGAAACGGACCAGCACCAAGGCCGCGGCUGAAGCCGCUGCCACCCUCAGACAAUUACAGGACGCGGAACGAACGAAAUGGAGUGCCAACGCUGCCUUAGAAGUCUCCGCCGCUGCAGCUGCCGCAGAAACCAAGACCACUGCCUCCUCGGAGGCCGCCAACGCCGCCGCCAAAAAGGCGGCCGCGAUAGCUUCUGACGCGGACGGCGCGGAAAGGUCGGCAUCUACCGAGGCACAAUCAGCUGCGAAGAUCGAGAGUGUGGCAGCCGCCGAGGGAUCCGCCAACUCGGCCUCUGAGGAUUCCCGGGCCGCUCAAUUGGAAGCCUCCACCGCGGCGAGAGCCAACGUGGCCGCAGCUGUCGGGGAUGGAGCGAUUAUAGGACUUGGAGAGGAAGCGGGUGCCGCGGCUCAGUUGCUUGCACAGGCGAAGGCAUUGGCCGAAGUUAGCUCGAAAUCCGAAAAUAUUGAGGAUAAAAAAUUUUGA